AUGGACCCUGUAUCUAGAAACAUGACAAUGAUAUGCCAAGAUCCCCAUAGCUCUAAUCACAAGGAUAUCUGGCACUGGGGAAACCCUCUCGAUUCCCCCACUCCCGUUCUCUUUAUGCAGGUUUCUUUGAUUACCAUAGUCACACAGAUCAUGGAUGUUUGUCUCAAGCCCCUAGGACAAUCCUCCCUUGUUUCCCAGAUUCUUGGCGGAUUGAUAUUUGGGCCAUCACUUUUCGGGCACAAGAAGGUGCUGUCAAAUACCUUGUUCCCUAUAAAAGGUGCUGUAGUGCUUGAGACAUUGGCAACGUUUGGGAUCAUGUUCUUUUACUUCAUAUAUUGUGUGAAGAUAGAUAUUGUCACAAUGCUAAGAACAGAAAGGCAGGCAUUGGCUAUUGGUAUUUCUGUAUUCUCAAUAACAUUAGGAAUCCCAACUGGAUUCUCCUUUCUGUUGAAGAAAUAUGUUUCCAUGGAGAAGAGCCUCGCAGAUUCUCUCACGUUUAUAGCAGUCUCACAAUCCUUAACUGCUUUUGUUGUCAUAUCAGUCCUCAUGGCAGAGCUUAAAAUCCUUAACACUGACGUAGGCCGUCUAACCAUGUCUGCAGCAAUGUUUGCCGAUGUUUUUGGGUUUGCUGCGACAGCAAUUAUGUUUGCAGUAAUGCAAAACUCUGGUGGUAAUAUCCUGUCAAUAUUAUUUACCCUUCUAUCCGUAGUUAUGCUCUUCAUUGUUAUUAUAUAUGUAAUGCGGCCAGUGAUACUAUGGAUCUUAGAGCGCUCAAAAGGGAAGCCGGUUGAUGAAUUACACAUUGUUUGUAUCUUUGUCUUCGUUCUCAUAAGUGGAUUUUUAAGUGAAUUUGUUGGGCAGCAUUUCAUAAUGGGACCAUUAGUUUUGGGAUUGGCUGUUCCAGAAGGGCCACCCUUAGGAACAGCUUUGAUAACUAAAAUGGAGACAGUCUCUGUGGCAUUUUUGUAUCCAAUCUACUUGGCUGUUUGUGGACUGGAAACUGAUAUCUUCAAAAUCAGGACUCGGUCAUUGUGGGUUGUGAGUACCAUAGUGCUUUGCGCUUGCUUUAUGAAGAUUGGUGCUGUAAUUUUGUCCGGAUAUUAUUACAAAAUGCCCUUGAAAGAAUCUUGUGUGAUUGGGAUCCUUCUAAAUGCAAGAGGCAUAGCAGAGCUUUCACUUUACAAUAUAUGGAGGGCAGGCAAGGUAAUCACGGGACAAGAGUUCUCUUUGCUGGUCAUCUCCAUUCUAGUGAUAAAUGCUAUCAUAUCGCCACUGAUAAAAUUCUUAUAUGAUCCUUCAGACCAAUAUCAUAACGUAAGAAGAUGUUCAAUUCAACAUACUAAGAGAGAAUCCGAGCUUCGAGUCAUGGUAUGCAUUCACAACAAUGAAAAUAUCCCUACAAUCAUCAACCUCUUAGAAGCAUCCUAUGCAAGUAGAGAGAGCACCGUUGCAGUUAUAGCACUAGUACUUGUAGAGCUUCUUGGAAGAGCAAGGCCUAUUCUUGUUGCUCAUCAAGCCCAUGAUACCCUGCGGUCAACCGCAUGCAAUUCAACUCAAAUAGACAAUUCCCUGAGACAAUAUGCACAGCAGAAUGAAGGGUGUGCAUCAGUUCAGUCUUUCACUUCAGUUUCCCUCUUUGAUACAAUGCAUGACGACGUUUGCCGAAUAUCACUUGACAUGAGAGCAAACCUUUUGAUCAUGCCAUUUCACAAGCGAUGGGAAAUAGAUGGUACCGUUCAGGUAGCCAAUAGGGCCAUCCAAACCAUGAACAUUAAAGUUCUAGAAAAAGCACCUUGCUCAGUGGGAAUUCUCAUUGAUAGGGGUAUCUUGUGUGGUUCUCAAUCACUCUUGAUUGCUAGAGCACCAUACCGUGUUGCCGUGCUCUUCAUUGGUGGUGCAGAUGAUGCAGAGACACUAGCCUAUGGUACUAGGAUGGCUAGGCAUGAAAAUGUGAACGUAACGGUGAUUCGGUUCCUUCUAUUCGGAGAUGAAAACUCUAAAGACAGAAAACGUGACAGUGAUAUUAUAGGUGAAUAUAGAUAUUAUAAUGCUGGAAAUCGUCGCUUUGAAAUCAUGGAAGAAGUGGUCAAAGAUGGUAUAGAGAUGUCAUCGUGUGUCAGAAAAUUGAUAGAUUAUUUUGAUCUAGUAAUGGUGGGGAGGGAGCAUCCAGAGUCUGUUCUGCUUCGUGGACAUGACCAAUGGAGUGAAUGUCCAGAGCUAGGGGUUAUUGGGGAUAUGAUAGGUUCACAGGAUUUUGUGACAAAGGCAUCGGUGCUGGUGGUGCAACAACAAAGAAUAAGAGGGAGGCUUGUUAAACACACUGCGAAUCCAAUGCCAAAUCAAAGAGAUCAGCUGGUACACGAUGUUCCAUUUGAUGAAGUAUCAAGAGCCUCAUGUACAAUUUCAGUGGACAGACAUGAUCAACGAAUGUAG